ACUACCAGGAGGGGAUUCCUCUCUCUUCCCAAUUCAUUUCCUCCGCUAGUCGUCUUCCAGGACUGUAUCAGUACUCGAGAGACUCUGUUCAGUGAUUCCUUUAUAUUGCUAACGGUCUCCUUCCGUUGCAAGGUAAUAUCCGAGCUAGGAGUUUUCCGUUUCCGGUUGGCUUAUUGCCUUGGAAACUGGGACGCACAGGCAUCUUGGCGGUUAUGGCGGGGCUGGGCAGUACGCCGAUCCCCGACGGGGAGUUCACCGCGGCCGUGUACCGGCUCAUCCGGGACUCCCGCUACGCCGAGGCGGUGCAGCUGCUGGGCAGGGAGCUGCAGCGGAGCCCGAGGAGCCGCGCCGGCCUGUCGCUGCUGGGCUACUGCUACUACCGCCUGCAGGAGUUCCCCAUGGCUGCCGAGUGCUAUGAGCAGCUGAGCCAGCUGCACCCGGAGCUGGAGCAGUACCGCCUGUACCAGGCCCAGGCGCUGUACAAGGCCUGCCUUUAUCCCGAGGCCACCCGGGUCGCCUUCCUCCUGUUGGACAACCCCGCCUACCACAGCCGGGUCCUCCGUCUCCAAGCUGCUAUCAAGUACAGCGAGGGCGAUCUCCCCGGGGCCAGGAGCCUGGUGGAGCAGCUUCUGAGUGGGGACGGGGGUGAAGACGGUGGGGGUGAGAACGAGUCAGAUAGCCAGGUCAACCUGGGUUGUUUGCUCUACAAGGAGGGACAGUAUCAAGCUGCAUGUUCCAAGUUCUUUACAGCCCUGCAGGCCUCGGGCUACCGGCCUGACCUUUCCUACAAUCUGGCUUUGGCCUAUUAUAGCAGCCGACAGUAUGCCUCGGCUCUGAAGCAUAUUGCAGACAUUAUUGAGCAUGGCAUCCGCCAGCACCCAGAGCUAGGUGUGGGCAUGACCACGGAGGGCAUUGAUUUUCGCAGUGUUGGCAACACUUUAGUUCUUCACCAGACUGCACUGGUGGAAGCCUUCAACCUUAAGGCAGCCAUAGAAUACCAACUGAAAAACUAUGAGGUGGCCCAGGAAACCCUCACUGACAUGCCACCAAGGGCAGAGGAAGAGUUAGACCCUGUGACCCUGCACAACCAGGCGCUGAUGAAUAUGGAUGCCAGGCCUACAGAAGGGUUUGAAAAGCUACAGUUUUUGCUCCAACAGAACCCCUUCCCCCCAGAGACCUUUGGCAACCUGUUGCUGCUCUACUGCAAAUAUGAGUAUUUUGACCUAGCAGCCGAUGUCCUGGCAGAGAAUGCCCACUUGACUUAUAAGUUCCUCACACCUUAUCUCUAUGACUUCUUAGAUGCCAUGAUUACUUGCCAGACAGCUCCUGAAGAGGCUUUUAUUAAGCUGGAUGGGCUAGCCGGGAUGCUGACUGAGCAGCUCCGGAGACUCACUAAACAAGUGCAGGAAGCAAGACACAAUAGAGAUGAUGAAGGGGUCAAAAAGGCAGUGAAUGAAUAUGAUGACAUCCUGGAGAAGUAUAUUCCUGUAUUGAUGGCCCAGGCAAAGAUCUACUGGAACCUUGAAAAUUAUUCAAUGGUAGAAAAGAUCUUCCGCAAAUCUGUGGAAUUCUGCAAUGACCAUGAUGUAUGGAAGCUGAAUGUGGCUCAUGUUCUGUUCAUGCAGGAAAACAAAUACAAAGAAGCCAUCGGUUUUUAUGAGCCCAUAGUCAAGAAGCAUUAUGACAACAUCCUGAAUGUGAGUGCUAUUGUAUUGGCUAACCUCUGUGUUUCAUAUAUUAUGACAAGUCAAAAUGAAGAAGCUGAGGAGUUGAUGAGGAAAAUUGAAAAGGAGGAAGAGCAGCUCUCCUAUGAUGACCCAGAUAAGAAAACCUACCAUCUCUGCAUUGUGAAUUUGGUGAUCGGGACACUUUACUGUGCCAAAGGUAAUUAUGACUUUGGGAUUUCUCGAGUUAUCAAAAGCUUGGAACCUUACAAUAAAAAACUGGGAACUGAUACCUGGUACUAUGCCAAAAGAUGCUUCUUGUCCUUAUUAGAAAACAUGUCAAAACACACAAUCAUGCUUCGUGACAGUGUUAUUCAAGAAUGUGUGCAGUUUCUAGAACACUGUGAAGUUUAUGGCAGGAACGUGCCUGCUGUUAUUGAACAACCCCUGGAAGAAGAAAGAAUGCAUAUUGGAAAGAAUACAGUCACAUAUGAAUCCAGACAAUUAAAAGCUUUGAUUUAUGAGAUUAUAGGAUGGAAUAUGUAGUUAUGUCUGUUAAUGGGCAUGUUUGUUAUCUAUAUAUGGUAUUCUCUUUUGUCUGUAGUUGUCCUUUGGUUUCUUUACAUUUGUUGAAAUUUUUAUCCUUUAAAAGUUAAAAUAAUAUAGCUGUAACUUUUCUUUUUAAUAAUCUCAUGAAAUGAAAUGUAAUAAAAGAACUUGAACCCUAGAAGUGUAUGAGAAAAUUCAAAAGUGAAUGAGGAAAUUGUGUUUAAUAGUAUUUCUAGUGCCUGUGUUCCCUAUCCUUGUGCUUUGGUAUAUCCUGAGGGAACCCUCCAUGACAAUAUUACAUUAUCCACGGAAUAGGCACUAUUAAGUCCAGGAUUCCAUUAAUGUGUAGGACAUCUGGGUAUUAAUAAUCAUUUCAAGAAUAUAGUGUUGUAUUCCAACAUUAACCCUUAUAAUUACAUUAAUUUAUAAUGCAUACAUUUUGCAUAGACCUUCUAAGUGGGAUUUUUUUGUUGUUGAUGAUGAUUUUUGUUUGGUUGGUUUUUACUAUGCAAGACUCGGGGAAUUCUUGUGCCAUAACAAAAUUGUGGUGCUAUGGUGCGGAGACAAUAAACAACUG